AUGGAAAAGGAUUCGCUCGGUGGCAGCAAAUAUUUGCUGCUGAUCAUCGACGAAGCCAGUGGAUGCAUGAAGGGAUUUUGUCUACGAGUGAAGUCCGAGAGUGAAGACUACAUCCGGAAAUAUAUCACCAUGGUACAGACGCAAUUCUGUAAGAAGGUCAAGUUCGUGCGACACGACGGAGCUCGCGAGUUUGCAACCAACUCGCUUCAACUGUGUUGA